AUGUCGCGAGGCGUUAUUCACGUACACAUAUUUGGGGUACACUUUAUCGGAUCUUCAAUAGUUUCGGUGACGCUUACCUUUCUUCUUCCUAUUAACGUGCGCGUCGAGCAGCUGUCGCGUGUGUUGCACGCUGCGUACCGCGUCCGCGUGCGCCGCGUACAGCGCGCCCACCUCGCGCCGCGCCGCCAGCAGCUCGCGCGACACCUGCGCGUGCUCCUGCGCCAGCCGCACCUCCAUCUGUACACACACUCAGCGCUCAGCACAGACACACUCACAGACCGUCCCUACAGCGCGCCGCCAGCAGCUCGCGCGACACCUGCGCGUGCUCCUGCGCCAGCCGCACCUCCAUCUGUACACACACUCAGCGCUCAGCACAGACACACUCACAGACCGUCCCUACAGCGCGCCGCCAGCAGCUCGCGCGACACCUGCGCGUGCUCCUGCGCCAGCCGCACCUCCAUCUGUACACACACUCAGCGCUCAGCACAGACACACUCACAGACCGUCCCUACAGCGCGCCGCCAGCAGCUCGCGCGACACCUGCGCGUGCUCCUGCUGCCAGCCGCACCUCCAUCUGUACAGCACACUCAGCGCUCAGCACAGACACACUCACAGACCGUCCCUACAGCGCGCCGCCAGCAGCUCGCGCGACACCUGCGCGUGCUCCUGCGCCAGCCGCACCUCCAUCUGUACACACACUCAGCGCUCAGCACAGACACACCUCACAGACCGUCCCCUACAGCGCGCCGCCAGCAGCUCGCGCGACACCUGCGCGUGCUCCUGCCGCCAGCCGCACCUCCAUCUGUACACACACUCAGCGCUCAGCACAGACACACUCACAGACCGUCCCUACAGCGCGCCGCCAGCAGCUCGCGCGACACCUGCGCGUGCUCCUGCGCCAGCCGCACCUCCAUCUGUACACACACUCAGCGCUCAGCACAGACACACUCACAGACCGUCCCUACAGCGCGCCGCCAGCAGCUCGCGCGACACCUGCGCGUGCUCUGCGCCAGCCGCACCCCAUCGUCACACACUCAGCGCUCAGCACAGACCUCACAACGUCCUACACGCGCCGCAGCAGCUCGCGCGACACCGCGCGGCUCCUGCGCAGCGCACCCCACUGUACACAAUCAGCGUCAGCACAGACCACUCACAGACGUCCCUACGCGCGCGCCAGCAGCUCGCGCGACACUGCGCGUGCUCCGCGCCAGCCGACCUCCAUCUGUACACACACUCAGCGUCAGCCAGACACACCACAGACGUCCUACAGCGCGCCGCAGACUCGCGCGACACCUGCGCGUGCUCGCGCAGCCGCACCUCCAUUGUAACACACUCAGCGCUCAGCACAGACACCUCACAGACGUCCUACGCGCGCCGCAGCAGCUCGCGCGAACUGCGCGUGCUCUGCGCCAGCCGCACUCAUCGUACACACAUCAGCUCAGACAGACACACUCACAGACCGUCCCUAGCCCCAGCAGCUCGCGCGACACCUGCGCGUGCUCCUGCGCCAGCCGCACCUCCAUCUGUACACACACUCAGCGCUCAGCACAGACACACUCACAGACCGUCCCUACAGCGCGCCGCCAGCAGCUCGCGCGACACCUGCGCGUGCUCCUGCGCCAGCCGCACCUCCAUCUGUACACACACUCAGCGCUCAGCACAGACACACUCACAGACCGUCCCUACAGCGCGCCGCCAGCAGCUCGCGCGACACCUGCGCGUGCUCCUGCGCCAGCCGCACCUCCAUCUGUACACACACUCAGCGCUCAGCACAGACACACUCACAGACCGUCCCUACAGCGCGCCGCCAGCAGCUCGCGCGACACCUGCGCGUGCUCCUGCGCCAGCCGCACCUCCAUCUGUACACACACUCAGCGCUCAGCACAGACACACUCACAGACCGUCCCUACAGCGCGCCGCCAGCAGCUCGCGCGACACCUGCGCGUGCUCCUGCGCCAGCCGCACCUCCAUCUGUACACACACUCAGCGCUCAGCACAGACACACUCACAGACCGUCCCUACAGCGCGCCGCCAGCAGCUCGCGCGACACCUGCGCGUGCUCCUGCGCCAGCCGCACCUCCAUCUGUACACACACUCAGCGCUCAGCACAGACACACUCACAGACCGUCCCUACAGCGCGCCGCCAGCAGCUCGCGCGACACCUGCGCGUGCUCCUGCGCCAGCCGCACCUCCAUCUGUACACACACUCAGCGCUCAGCACAGACACACUCACAGACCGUCCCUACAGCGCGCCGCCAGCAGCUCGCGCGACACCUGCGCGUGCUCCUGCGCCAGCCGCACCUCCAUCUGUACACACACUCAGCGCUCAGCACAGACACACUCACAGACCGUCCCUACAGCGCGCCGCCAGCAGCUCGCGCGACACCUGCGCGUGCUCCUGCGCCAGCCGCACCUCCAUCUGUACACACACUCAGCGCUCAGCACAGACACACUCACAGACCGUCCCUACAGCGCGCCGCCAGCAGCUCGCGCGACACCUGCGCGUGCUCCUGCGCCAGCCGCACCUCCAUCUGUACACACACUCAGCGCUCAGCACAGACACACUCACAGACCGUCCCUACAGCGCGACGCCAGCAGCUCGCGCGACACCUGCGCGUGCUCCUGCGCCAGCCGCACCUCCAUCUGUACACACACUCAGCGCUCAGCACAGACACACUCACAGACCGUCCCUACAGCGCGCCGCCAGCAGCUCGCGCGACACCUGCGCGUGCUCCUGCGCCAGCCGCACCUCCAUCUGUACACACACUCAGCGCUCAGCACAGACACACUCACAGACCGUCCCUACAGCGCGCCGCCAGCAGCUCGCGCGACACCUGCGCGUGCUCCUGCGCCAGCCGCACCUCCAUCUGUACACACACUCAGCGCUCAGCACAGACACACUCACAGACCGUCCCUACAGCGCGCCGCCAGCAGCUCGCGCGACACCUGCGCGUGCUCCUGCGCCAGCCGCACCUCCAUCUGUACACACACUCAGCGCUCAGCACAGACACACUCACAGACCGUCCCUACAGCGCGCCGCCAGCAGCUCGCGCGACACCUGCGCGUGCUCCUGCGCCAGCCGCACCUCCAUCUGUACACACACUCAGCGCUCAGCACAGACACACUCACAGACCGUCCCUACAGCGCGCCGCCAGCAGCUCGCGCGACACCUGCGCGUGCUCCUGCGCCAGCCGCACCUCCAUCUGUACACACACUCAGCGCUCAGCACAGACACACUCACAGACCGUCCCUACAGCGCGCCGCCAGCAGCUCGCGCGACACCUGCGCGUGCUCCUGCGCCAGCCGCACCUCCAUCUGUACACACACUCAGCGCUCAGCACAGACACACUCACAGACCGUCCCUACAGCGCGCCGCCAGCAGCUCGCGCGACACCUGCGCGUGCUCCUGCGCCAGCCGCACCUCCAUCUGUACACACACUCAGCGCUCAGCACAGACACACUCACAGACCGUCCCUACAGCGCGCCGCCAGCAGCUCGCGCGACACCUGCGCGUGCUCCUGCGCCAGCCGCACCUCCAUCUGUACACACACUCAGCGCUCAGCACAGACACACUCACAGACCGUCCCUACAGCGCGCCGCCAGCAGCUCGCGCGACACCUGCGCGUGCUCCUGCGCCAGCCGCACCUCCAUCUGUACACACACUCAGCGCUCAGCACAGACACACUCACAGACCGUCCCUACAGCGCGCCGCCAGCAGCUCGCGCGACACCUGCGCGUGCUCCUGCGCCAGCCGCACCUCCAUCUGUACACACACUCAGCGCUCAGCACAGACACACUCACAGACCGUCCCUACAGCGCGCCGCCAGCAGCUCGCGCGACACCUGCGCGUGCUCCUGCGCCAGCCGCACCUCCAUCUGUACACACACUCAGCGCUCAGCACAGACACACUCACAGACCGUCCCUACAGCGCGCCGCCAGCAGCACGCCCGGACACCUGCGCGUGCUCCUGCGCCAGCCGCACCUCCAUCUGUACACACACUCAGCGCUCAGCACAGACACACUCACAGACCGUCCCUACAGCGCGCCGCCAGCAGCUCGCGCGACACCUGCGCGUGCUCCUGCGCCAGCCGCACCUCCAUCUGUACACACACUCAGCGCUCAGCACAGACACACUCACAGACCGUCCCUACAGCGCGCCGCCAGCAGCUCGCGCGACACCUGCGCGUGCUCCUGCGCCAGCCGCACCUCCAUCUGUACACACACUCAGCGCUCAGCACAGACACACUCACAGACCGUCCCUACAGCGCGCCGCCAGCACUCUCUUUCUCUUUUUUCAAAAGACCUAUGCCUCGGGAAGCCUGUACGAACGUUUUAAACGACAGACACGACGCCGAUCACCACCGACACAGACGAUCCGUGAUUCCGAGCGAACAGAAUUCUCAGAUUAUUGAUACACGCUUUUAUCAGCCAUACUUGUAA